AUGCCAAGAGAAAUAAUCACCAUUCAGGCAGGCCAGUGCGGCAACAGCAUUGGCAGUCAGUUUUGGCAGCAGCUAUGCCAGGAGCACGGCAUCAGUCAGGACGGCAACCUCGAGGACUUUGCAACCGAGGGCGGCGAUCGAAAAGAUGUCUUUUAUUACCAGAGUGACGAUACCCGGUACAUCCCAAGAGCUAUCCUAAUCGAUCUGGAGCCACGAGUUAUCCACGGCAUCCAAACAGGCCCAUACAGAAACAUAUACAACCCUGAGAACUUUUACGUGGGCAAGAAUGGUGUAGGGGCCGGAAACAACUGGGGCGAUGGGUACCAGACGGGAGAGUUAGUGCACGAGGAGAUCAUGGAGAUGAUCGACCGGGAAGCUGACGGCAGUGAUUCUCUCGAGGGCUUCAUGAUGCUGCAUUCGAUCGCCGGAGGCACAGGCUCAGGCUUGGGUUCCUUCCUACUUGAAAGGUUAAACGACAGAUUCCCCAAGAAGAUCAUCCAGACAUACUCCGUAUUUCCCGACACGACAAACUCCGGCGACGUGGUGGUACACCCAUACAACAGCAUGCUCACCAUGAGACGCCUCACCCAAAAUGCCGAUUCAGUGGUUGUCCUCGACAACGGAGCUCUCUCCCACAUCGCAGCAGACAGACUUCACAUGCAAGAGCCCUCCUUCCAACAAACAAACCAGCUGGUAUCGACCGUCAUGUCGGCCAGCACCACCACCCUCCGCUACCCAGGUUACAUGCACAAUGACCUUGUCAGCAUCCUCGCAUCUCUCAUCCCGACCCCACGUUGCCACUUCCUCAUGACUUCUUACACACCCUUCACCGGUGAUCAAGUCGAGCAGGCCAAGACAGUCCGCAAGACCACCGUUCUGGACGUCAUGCGUCGUCUCUUGCAGCCCAAGAACCGCAUGGUAUCGACCGUGCCUGGCAAAAAGAGUUGCUACAUUUCCAUUUUGAACGUCAUUCAAGGAGAAGUUGACCCGACAGACGUCCACAAGAGUUUGCUGCGUAUCCGUGAACGUCGUCUUGCCACUUUCAUUCCGUGGGGUCCCGCCAGUAUUCAAGUGGCUCUGACCAAGAGAAGCCCGUACAUCCCCAUGGCACACCGUGUCAGCGGUCUAAUGUUGGCCAAUCACACGAGUAUCGCAACUCUUUUCAAAAGAAUUUACCGCCAAUAUGAUGGCAUGAGAAAACGCAAUGCCUUCUUGGAGGGCUACAAAAAGACGGCUCCCUUUGCUGACAACCUCAGCGAGUUCGAUGAGGCUCGAGAGGUCGUCACAGAUCUCAUUGCCGAGUACGAGGCCGCCGAAGAUGCCAACUAUCUCAACCCCGAUGUUGGCAACGAAAAUCCCGCCUCGGCUGAAGUGGACAAGAGGAUGGGUUAG